CGACCGUCAACAUCAUCAAAUUUCGAGCACGGGACGGGAGAGUAUCGCAUACCAAGGGCGGGUUUGCGUCCGGAAAACGCUUCGAAUUUGCGAAUCUAUCGUUACUAGUGCGUUUCAAUGAUGUGCCGAAGAUGCCGCGAACCAUUCUAGGGCGCCUCUCGGCGGAAAAUCAUCGCCAAAGUGCCGCGAACGUCGAAACACCCGAAGAACCUACACCAGGUGCACCUGGACUUAUCAUGGAAUUCUUCGGAUUUUAAUCGUUCCGUGCGAAACGGCCGCCUUCGAUUCGAUCAGACGGUAUGAAAUGCACAUAUCCUCAGAGGUUCAGCAUCCCCCGACAACCAUCUUGACAAAAUGUGCCAAAAUGUCAAAAGAGGGACACGCAUUCGGAAUGAAUGGAAAUGUCGACGGAAAUAGCAAGGAGGAGUGCCACAGGAGUAAUUACGGGCAAGGUGGACGGCUCAAGUUCUUUAAAGAUGGGAAAUUCAUACUGGAGUUGGAAAGAGCCAGAGAAGGUGAGAGAGUUUCUUGGGUAUCAGUACCCAGGAAGACAUUUUGGCCUCCGCAGGGAACGGCUUCUUCGACUCCUGCUUAUCGACAGGAAAGCAGCACAUCUCUUAGCGUGUCCGAUGACAACAGUUCGAUACAGUCCUCCCCUUGGCAACGGGACCACUCGUGGAAGCAAUCGAAUCCUAGUCGAAACCUGUCCAAGGAGCUGAAAUUCUACUUCUGGAGGCCUAAAAGCCGAAGGAAAGCCAACAGGCAUCCGAGAGGCAGAAGGAGAGCCCCCAAUUCGAUUUCAUCGGACAAACCGGACAACGCAUCGUUUGUUAGACCUAAGAAAUCGAAUAAGAAAACGUCUCUUCUCGGUAUCGUGCAGCAACUUAUAGACAAAGUCCUGAGGACUAGUACGCCCCCGAGAGCCGAGACGGUCGUAUCCCCGAGGAAGCGCUUCCUGCGCGAAAUGGAAAAGGACAAAUCGCUCCAAGAGGACAAUGCCCAAAAGCGCAGCCGCAACAAAUUGCAAACCGUCGGCCAAUCGACGCCCGUCUCGAACGCUCCGGCGGGCGUCGCGACGGCGGCGACGUCGAACGGAGGAGGAUCCGUCGAGGACUCCAAGCCGUCGAAGAGUUCCAGCUAUAGCAUCAAUUCGCUGCUGGCUGACGAUAGAACGGCCAAAAGAUCGCCGACUUCAUCGCCCAAUCACUAUCCCGCGCCCCAAGGGGCUCGAUAUUGUUCGCCGGGCGCCGAAGACCGUUGGUACUCGGAGAGCGUCGAUAGAUUGAGGUCUAUCGAGCUUUCGCAACAGGUUGACAAAUGCGCUAGUUUCCCGCCGUACUCACCCCAAUCGUACCUUCACGGUUACAUGUAUCCUUUCGUGCCGCCCUAUUACGGAUCGGGGGCUUACGGUAGAGGUUACGGACAUCCCGUUUAUCCUUCCGGGCAUCUGUUGAGAUCGAACGAGACUCCCGGGUAUCCUUGGGCGCCGGAAGCCCGUAAGGACGAGGCCCAUCGAGAAGAAACCGUUACGGAUAUGCCGUUGAAUCUCUCGAAGAAUUCCGGAUGAGAUUUGUAGAGUGCCUUUCCCUCUGUUUUAAUUUUUAUAAACUGUAUCUUCGAUAAGGACGGGGAGCGUGGGGAUUAUUGAAAACUGUAAAAGGGUAAAAGAGUUCAACAUCCCCAAGGCCGAUGUUCCUGUUUAUUUGGGACACGGUAUAUUUUCCAAGACACUUUGCUCGUCUGAAGCUUGUAAAGCCGUGUUUAUAUGAGAAUUGGUUAUUUUUUAUUGUCGUAAACUGUGUAUUAGAGACGUUGAAAACGUUGUAAUGCUUGUAAUUAAAGUUUACACAGGGCUUUAAAGGCGUGGAUAAAAGUGCAAUUGACAAGCAUUUCCCCUAAUGUAGAUAUUAGUUGUAAAUACAAUAACAGAUAUUUUGUAUAAAAAAAAAUUAAGGAGCAAAGUAGUAGUAUUUUAUACAAUUAAAAUUAUAAGUUGUCGAAGAAACGGUAGAAUGUUGUGAACAAAUUAUUCAGUAAACUGUAAAUAUUGUUUUUCUCACUUUUGUACAUAGUAUGUCAAACAUAUCAUUUGCUAUUUAUUUUUAUUAUUCAUUUUUGGUUGAAAUAUUCAGUUUCUAUUUCUCUUUAGUCUUCCUAAACAAACGCACAGUAAUUUCUAAUAUUACAAUUCAUACAAAAAAAAAUUAGUAAUUCCGCUCUAAUAUUUAGUAUGCAAAUUGAAUUGAAUAUUUUUACCGAAUUUCUAUAAAGAAAAAAAAAUGUAUUUUCAUAUAAGAAAUUUCUUAUUUUUUUUAAAAGACAAUAGCUUAGUAAUUCGUUUUAUGAUAAGGACUCCAAUACUGAAUCGCAAUAAAAUAAUAUGUAUUUAAAAUCUUCCUAACGUCAUAAUUUCCCAUUUUUUUAAACUUGUAUAUUGUGAUAAGAAAAAAAAACACACACAC